GUACUAUCAAUACAAGUUAACAUGCUCAGACUGGGCUUUGACUCGCGUUGUUGACAGCCCGCCCUUACGCUGCCGCUUGUUGUCUGGAUCACUGUGAAGCGACAUUGGCUACUACGUGAAGCUUCAAGGGCAUAGACUUGGAGUAAUCGGCAAUGCUCCAGCCUUACUGAGGGCUUGCACACAUGAAAUCCUAUUUGGAGUCCCUAUCGCAACAAGAACGACAAGCACUGCUGUCAUUGGGGCUGGACGCCGGCGUUGCGCCGCGUGGGCACCCAGGGGGCCGCGCGGGAAUGGCUCCAAAGGGCGCCGCCGAGAUGGCACUGGAACAGCUGUACUUGGAGCGGGAGCGCCGGGAGCAGCUGGAGGCACAGGUGGAGUCGCUGCAGUCCACCCUGCGUGACGCACAGCGCCAGUCGGAGGAGGUGCGGGGGCACCGCGACGUGCUGCGGCAGCAGCUGCUGCGCUCCGACGAGCGCGCGACGCGGCUGGCGGGCGCGGUGGGGCAGCUGGAGGGCGAAGUGGGCGGCCUGGGCAGCAAGCUGGCGGCAGCCGCGCAGGAGAAGGUGCAGAUGAAUGCCAAGCUGGAGGCUGCGCAGAUUCGUGUGAGCGAGCUGGAGCAGGGGUACGUGAGCCUGGCGGGCGGCUGCGACGACGGCAUGGAGUGGCGGGACGUGCUGCGCCGCAGCCGCCUGGCGCCGCUGCUGCGCGACCCCGCCACAGCCGCGGUGCUGGGUGAGGCGGCCACGUCGGAUGCGGCCACCGGCGGGGGCGUGAUGGAGCGACACACCGUGACGCAGAUGACGAGUACUGUGGCGGCGCUGACUCGUGAGCGGGACGCGCUGCAGCGGCGUGUGCACGAGCUGUCCGUGAAGCUGGCGGCGGCCGUGGGCAAGGAGGGCGCAGCGAGGGGCGCACAGGCGCUGCGCAGUGCCACCUGGCGGCGCAACGCGGCGGCGGCGGAGGCCAAGCUGACUGCGGCUCUGAAGCGCAUCAAGGAACUGAACGAGGAGCUGCGGCGGCGGGAGCUGGAGGCCAAGCAGCGUGACCGCUACACCGCGCAGCUCGAGCGCACCGUGAUGGCGCAGCACAGGUCGCUGCAGCAGCAGCGCCGCAUGCUGGAGCUGGUGGGGGUGGCGGGAGCAGCCGGAGCAACCGGAGGAGAGGGCGGCAAUGCCGCAGCGGCGGAGGUCGGGCCCUCGGCGGCAGCAGCGCAGGGGGGCAGCGGCUCGGGUGCGGAGCCGGUGGGCGCCGAGGCUGGCGGCGGGCAAGCAGCAGCGCAGCCCGGCGCAAACCGUGACCGCGACGUGCUGGUAAGUGGCGGCAUGUGGGCUGUGCCGCGUGCGGCAGCGCGGCCUGCGGAAGAGAGCGCUGGCGGCGCCACAGGCGCCGCUCCUGCCGGUGCUGCAGCGCCAACGGGUGUGCGCAUGGGCCCAGCGCUGAGGGAGCUGCUGGACAGCAUGCGGCAGGGGGGCAUGGUGGGUUCGGCACCCACAGGGCUUGCGACAGUCGUGCCAGCGCCUGCCGCCGCACCCGCGCAAGCAACUAGCGCGCCCAUCGACACGGCUGCCGCAAACAGCCCACCCGAGCAAGCGGCGGCAGCGGACGCGGCUGCAAGCUUGGCUCCCUGGGCAGCUGCCGUCACCGCUGACGGCGCGGUGCCGCGGGGCUCGCCGGCUCCUGCCGUCAUCCACGCGCAGCUGACGAGUGUGGAGGCUAGUCUGGAGGCUCUCUACCGUGAGUUGGAGGAGUUCAAGGCCUAUGCCGCCUCGCCGUUGGCGCCGGCCGCCUACGGCCGCAGAGGCGCCGGUGGCCGUGCAGGCGCCACCGGUGGCCGGGGGGCAGGCGUGGGGCCGGCGGGAAGGCGGGCGCUGGAGGAGGAGGAGCAAGAGGAGGAGCUAGAGGGCGAGGAGGGCCUUGCAGCAGCACACGCGGAGGCGGAAGAGCAGGACGCAGAGCUGGGCGGAGAUUAUGGCGGUGCUUGCAAGGAAGAAGGCGAGGAGGUUGAGGAGGCGCCCGGGGAGCUGUGGCGCGGCCGGCAGCUGUUUGGAGAGGGCUACAGCCUUGCGGCGUCGCCGGCUGGCGCUGCCAGGCUGCAGGCUGGUGGCUCCCGAGCCGGACGCGGCGCCUGGCACUAUCCGAGUCCGUCGUUGGACCAUCCGUAUUCUCUGGGCGUCGACAACACAUACGGGGCCGUGCAUGGCGACAGCGUUGACGUCACAAGCGCGGACAUGGGCACCACCGGCGCCGGUGCCCGGCCUUGGAGCCCUGGUGGCGGCAGCAGCGUGGGCCGGGCGUGGGAGGACCGCGCGAGCUGCGGGCCGGCCGCCUCCCGGCGGGGUGCUCAGUCGCGCGCGUCGCGUGACGUGGCGGUAGCGGCGGCGGCAAUGGAGGUGGCGGCAAGCGCUCGUGCGCUGUCGUCAGGCGCGCGCGGCUCGGUGGCGUCCAGUCAGGCGCACGCGGACCGCAGUGGCACUGGCAGCUACCCCCACACGGACGGGCCGGUGGAGGUCGGUGAUUGGUUUGCAGCCGACGGCACCAGCGAAGGGUCCCAGGUGCGCUCGCACAGCGACCGGCGGCGAGAGAGCAGCGUGACGGCCUCAGCGGGUGCAGCAGCGUCUGGCCGCCGCCCAAGCUCGUCCGCAUCGGAGCGGCCACCCCUGGGGGCAGGGCAGCGGCCCGGCUCCGCAGGCCUCCCGCCCUCCUCCGCCGCCGCCUCGACGUCAGGUCGGGAGGCCAUGGCCGGUCGCAAGCCUCUGCCUGCCUCUGCCGCCAGCGCCGCGGCUGUGGCCGCCGCGCGCUCCUCAGUGGGAAGUGCUGGCGGGUGCCGCGACAGCACUUGCGGCGGCGGUGGCAGCGCGAAGGGUGGCUUGGACAGCGGCCUGGGCAGCGCCCGCAUGUCAGACGGCGAGGCGGCGCUGCUGGAGGUGCUGUACGCCACGCAGCAGCAUUUGGAUGACGUGGAGGCGGCCCAGCAGCAGUACCAGCGGCAGCAGGCGUCAGCAGCGGCGCGCAGCGCGAGCAGCGCCGCCGGCAGCCGCUCAGGCAGGCAGCUGCAGGAGCAGGAGCAGGGCAGCGCGUGGGGGCAUGAGGCGUUCCAGCAGCAGCCCGGCUCCUCGCGCUGGCCGCUCGAGGACAGCUUCGGCAACGCUGGGGCCGGCAGCGCGCGCAGCGGUGUGGGCCGGGCGGCAGCCGGGAUGUCCACAGGGGUGACGACAGGAGGCGAGGGUGAUGCUGGGGCCAACUGGGAAAGCCACGACAGCCCGAGCCACAGCCGCUUUUCAACCGACCUUGCCUCCGUGGCUGAAGAGUCUCGCGCCUCCGGAGCAGCUGCCUCUGGUGUGGCUGGUUCUGUGCACAGUGGGCGUGCUGCAGCACAGGUCCGCACGCGCGGCUCUUCUGCCGCAAUGCUGGAGGAGGAGCAGCCGCGGAAGCCGCUCCCGACACACAUGCUGGGUCACCUGCUCCGCUGCAGCCACCUCACACCCGGCUGCACACACAAGGUCCAGGUGGCAGGGUACGCCGCGUCCGCCUCGGCGCGGUCUGCUGCGGCGGCCAGCCGUGGCAGCGCCGCUCGCUCCGGCGUCAGUGCUGCCAGCAGGCCUGGCGCGCCCAUCUCAGUCGGCCCCUCGACCAUUGGGACCGGCGCAUCAUCAUCUCGUUCAGGCGCAGGAGGCUCGGUGCCCAUCGCCGCCUCAGCAGGCGCCGCUGCGCCGUCGCCUCGCCGCAGCCCGCGCGUGUCAGAGGGCCACCGCAUCCUCCGUUCCAGCGCCUCGGGUGACGCGGCUGCCUCCUUCCAGGCUAGCGGCAGCACCGGCAGCCCGGACGAAAACCGUGCGUGCCACAGUGGCACCGGCAUCAGUUCAUCUUAUGGGCAUGUUGGCGCGGCUUCUCACCGGUCAGACGCCGGCAGCGCGCACAUGCGCAGCCCGAGAGCGCCUGUAACGUCUGGAGAUGCCGGGCGCGGCGGCGCCGCACUAUCCAUUAAGGACAAGCUGAGCCCGCGGAACAGCAGUGCAAGCGGCGUGGCGUUAGCCUGGGUGCCGGGCGGCGGGCCGCACGUGCGCCGCAGCUCCGACAACGCAUCAGCGCCCGCGUCAGAGACUGGCUCGGUGGCUUCCAAGGGCAUCAGUCGUAGGCCGGCUGCGUCGCCUCCUCUGUCGCGCGGCUCCACGGCGGCGGGCUCCGCGCAGCAGCGCUCACACGGGCCGGGGGGCUUGCCGCCCGUGUCUGCGCUGCUAGCUAGCCUUGAUGCUGGCUCGGAAGGCAGCCGCCGCCACACCGCGGCUGACAGCGGGUCAGUGCCAGCGGCGCGAGUCCAUGAAACGGGUGCUUGUGCCAAUGCUGACGAGGGCAGCGGCUCAGAGGGAGGCGGCGGCCGCCAGGUGCCCACCCGAACCACGCUGGCGGGCUGGCUUGGAGAAGCAUCAAGCGCCGGACAGGCAGCGGCGGCAGCAGCAGCAGCAGUGGCGCCAAGCGCAGCUGCGCAUCAGCAUGGCAACGCCGCAGGCGGCGAAACGGAGGCCGCCACAGCCGCCAGUGGCUCUGCGCCCCCCUCAGCGGCUGUAGCGGCCGCGGCCCUGCACAGGCUGAGGGAACAGCGCCUGUCCCAGCGCCUGUCAAGCGGGGGGCCUCCGCAAGCCAGGGUACAGCAGCAGCAGGGUUCGACCGGAGGGCCAACUGCAUCCUCGCCGCAGAGUUCAGAGCAUGAGCGCGGCGGCGUCAGCAGCGCAGCGGUGGCACGGGGUGGCGUGGAAGGCCAGGUGCAGAUUGCGCCCUUGGCAGUGGCGGGGCCUGAGCUUGGGGUCGGUGCAGCCGGCGACCUGGCGGUCCAGGUGCAGGUGGAUGCAGGCGGCUCGGUGCCAGACCUGGUUCCACUCUCGGUGGUGGAGGUGAUGGCGGCGGCACCGCCGCCUUUGGAAGGCGAAGGCAGCCUCCGAGCGUUGCGAGAGGUGAUGCGGCAACAAGGCGCUGCAAGGAGGACUGGCGCCAGCGAAGGUGCUCCCGCCGCGCAGCCCGCCUCAUCAGCCGUUUCUGCAAACAGCGCCGGAUCCCCAGAGGUGGUUCCGGUGCAAAGCGUAGUGGCGGACAGGGCGAGCUGGGCCAGCGCUACAGGCACCGGUUGCGCAUCUGGCGCUGAGAGCCUGAGCACAUUCAAUGCGCAGCAAGCAAGGCCCGGGAGCGGGGCCAACACAGCCACAAGCAGGCCGCGCGCCGCACCGUCGCCGCAACACCCUCUGAUGACGUUGCUUGGCCAGGCCUCAGCUGACCUGCAGAUCUUGUCGAGCCGGCUCGGGGUGAGCCCGCUAGUGUGGGGCCGAUAGGAGUUCACUUCAUUCCAAGGAGGCCGUGAUUGGCCAGGGCACGGGGGCUACGGCGGUCGGGUCGUGUGGGAGCCCAUGAGGUGGCUGACAUCAUUUUGGCAGCAUACAGUUCCGUCUGGCCGGCCCUUGAGGCAUCCAUGGCUCCUGCAGAAAUCGCAGCGCCUCGACACGAGUCAACAUGUGUUUGGUCCAGACGAUAACCGGGACAGUGUACGACAUGACGAGGGCUGUCGCUGGGAAACAGGCCGCAUGGUAACAGCGCCUCACAUCACGGAACUAGGCAACUGGAAGACCCUGUGGCCAGGGUUGUUGCCUGGUCCCGGUGAACGGUUGGGGGAAGUGUUAUGCUGAAAACUUAGGGCAGGUGCUUGCAAGCAGAGUGCGAGACACGUUGGAAUGGUGACGCCUGCAAUGAUGUGACCCUUUCAACGUCUGAGCGCCCGCUUGGAGCAAUGUAUGCGGUGUGUGACGAUGCAUGCUACACCACAGUAUGGUAUGCAUAAACGCCCAUGGAUGCAUUAGAUGACAUCAACGCUCCUUUGGAAACGUGCACAACAAGUUACAUUUGGGUCAGGGCAAAAGCCCCUCAAAAACAGAGAGAAGCGGCGUGAGGAGCAAAACUCGCGGAUCUCUUUAGUAAAAGGCGAAAGAGAUAUUCGCUACGCGUUCAGCUCACCGCAGAUAUUGAAUAAUGAUGUGUUGACACACCCGACCCAGUAAACCGUGCCUGGGCGGGCAGACCUUGCGUGAUGGUGGGUGGUUCAUGGUUCGGCCAACGGCCUCACCCCACGCCACCAAUCAAGGCGACUGGCAUCCUCCUGCACGCGUGUGACUUAAGACAUAACCCGACUUG